AUGGACUGGUUGGAUCUCCUUGCUGUCCAAGUUGACAAGAGUCUUCUCAAGAGUCUCCUAGAACACCACAGUUUGAAAGCAUCAAUUCUUCAGUGCUCACCUUUCUUUAUAGUCCAACUCUCACCUCCACACAUGACUACUGGAAAAACCAUAGCUUUGACUAGACAGACUGUAGUUGGCAAAGUAAUGUCUCUGUUUUUUAAUAUGCUGUCUAGGUUGGUGAUAACUUUUCUUCCAAGGAAGUUAACUUUUAAUUUCAUGGCUGCAGUCACCAUCUGCAGUGAUUUUGGAGCCCCCCAAAAUAAAGUCUGUCACUGUUUCCAUUUUUUCCCCAUCUAUUUGCUAUGA